AUGGCAGACGCGGAGACGCCGCGGCCCCGCAAGCACGCCACACGCGGCCACGCGAACGAGUGGGUGCGAGGACGGCUCGGCGAGGGGCUCACGGCGGGGUCGCACACGGCAGGGGUGACGGGGCCGCUGUGGAGCGAUGUGGUCAGGGGAACGACGAGACACAAAUGGGACAAGCGCCAGCGGAUCAAGGAUCAGCACGGCGAGCGCGAGAUUGAAUUCGCCGACGUGGAUGAUCAUAACGUGGUGACAAAGACCGUCAUGGGAGCGCGUGUGCGGCAGCAGGCGGGGGUGCCACACGGAGCGCACCACGAGAGGAUUAUGCGGGGAGAGGCGGGGAGAGAGACCCCGGGCGCCGCCACAAGGAGCGAACUCAGGGGCUGCCUCGUCUGUAAGGCCGCGAGGGACGCGGCGAGGAGGGCGGCACUAAAGCGAGACCCGCUGUGUCCGAUCGUGCGGAAAGCCGCGCAGCAAUGGACCGAGGAAGAUGAGAACCCACCUAGAGCGACGAUGGCGCACUUGCUUAGCGGCGCCUGCCUGGGGAAUAGGGAGCAGGCCAGAUGGUUCCUCAGAGUAGCGCGAGCGCAGACGGGGACGGCGAUCAGCAAAGUAGCCCAGGCGGCACCCGACUCCAAGGAUACGCUGAAGACGCUGAGGAUAGCGCAUGUCGCUGCGCUGAAGGGCUCACGCUAUAGGGUGCUGGAUGAGGACGGGUACGAUGCACUAGCCCCAGCCGUCGGGGGGGUGUUGCCGGCGCUGGUAGAUGAUCUCUCGGAGACGAGCCGGAGGGACCUUGGCGCCGGGGUCACGAGGAACUUGCAAGUCGUGGCCGAGGCGGCGACGGGCGCGGUGCAGAGAGGCUCGGCCGGCCUUGAGGGAGUCGCAGAGGAGGGAUAA